AGUAUAUAAUAUUUCCCGGGGAAGCCGAGACCAUGAUUCAAUCAAUGGAAUCCGUGCAGAUGGAAGAAUUUGGAACCGACAAAUGGUACAGACAUCAUGGAUACCUGACAAAGUUAAACAUGCAGGCUGUGAAUUCAGCCCAAACACAAGGAGAUGAAUUUGUGAAGGAAUAUCUAAUAGCACAUCAAAAACUGCCAUUGCUCGUUGAGUCUCUCAUUAUUGUUGAAUUAUGGAAAGAAAAGGUGUUUCCGCAUUUUCUGAAUAGCGAUGUUGAGCCAACCUCCUCGUUCCCUACGUACACCCUGUUGUAUCACGAGUUGACUUUGGCGAACCUGCUGGAGACUAUCACUUUUCAUGCGGAUGCGACUGAAACAUUGGGGGACAGUGCAGUGGAUCUGGUCGAUUGGUGCUAUCGUUCGCUGUGUCAUCUCAUCUCUGAGUACUCAACGGAGCAAAGCAAAACAGAGUUGAUACAACUGAAAGAUAAAAUUGCGGAGGAAAGCAACUUGGAAGACCUACGUCGACAGCACCGCCUAAUAGCAUUUGACAAAGGCAUGAAAGCAAUCUCCUUGGUUCGUCAUCUGUUGGAGCACAGCUUGUCUAAAAAUAGUGUGCUACCGUUGGGCGUUGGGCGCCGGUUGUUACAUACAAACGAUGUUGUCCUCGCACUGUGUGAGCUAGUCGAUAAGACGCCUUGGACUGCAAUUGCAAUGGAUAAAGAUACCAAGAAAUUUAGCAAAUUUGUUUGGCAAGAAAGUGGGAUCUGGACUCCGGAUUAUAAAGUGACAAUCCCUAUGGGGAAAACUGAGGGUCAGGUGAGCUGA